UCCCCGUCCGGUAGCGCCGCUUUUGGUCGCGUGAACUGGUCUAGUGGGACGGUAGGUCGCGAGCUCUUGCUGCGGGCUGCAGCUCAACUAUUCCCGCCGUGGUCGUCAGCCCGGCGCCUCCGCCAUGGACUUCGAGGACGAUUACACACACUCUGCUUGCAGGAAUACUUAUCAGGGCUUUAAUGGAAUGGAUCGUGAUUAUGGCCCUGGAUCUUAUGGAGGGAUGGAUCGUGACUAUGGCCAUGGAUCCUAUGGGGGUCAAAGAUCCAUGGAUUCCUACCUAAACCAGUCAUAUGGCAUGGACAAUCACAGUGGUGGUGGUGGGGGUAGCAGGUUUGGACCUUAUGAGUCUUACGACUCCAGGUCUUCUCUGGGUGGGCGAGAUCUGUACAGAUCUGGCUAUGGUUUUAAUGAACCCGAACAAAGCCGCUUCGGAGGUAGUUAUGGUGGUCGAUUUGAGAGCUCCUACCGGAAUAGCCUUGACUCUUUCGGAGGUAGAAACCAGGGCGGGUCUAGCUGGGAAGCACCUUACUCCCGUUCAAAAUUGAGGCCUGGGUUUAUGGAGGACAGAGGAAGAGAGAAUUACUCUUCCUACAGCAGUUUUUCUUCACCCCAUAUGAAGCCUGCACCUGUAGGCUCUCGGGGGAGAGGAACGCCUGCUUAUCCUGAAAGUACGUUUGGAAGCAGAAACUAUGAUGCUUUUGGAGGACCAUCAACAGGCAGAGGCCGAGGCCGAGGACAUAUGGGUGAUUUUGGAAGCAUUCAUAGACCUGGAAUUGUUGUUGACUAUCAAAACAAACCCACCAAUGUGACAGUUGCUGCUGCAAGAGGAAUAAAGAGAAAAAUGAUGCAGCCAUUUAAUAAGCCCGGUGGAACCUUUAUCAAGAAACCUAAGCUAGCAAAACCUAUGGAGAAGAUGAGCCUCAGCAAAUCGCCUACAAAAACUGAUCCUAAAAGUGAAGAAGAAGAAAAGAGGCGGAUUGAGGCUCGGCGAGAGAAACAAAGGCGCAGAAGAGAAAAAAACAGUGAGAAAUAUGGAGAUGGAUACAGAAUGGCAUUCACAUGCUCAUUUUGCAAAUUUCGAACCUUUGAAGAAAAAGAUAUCGAACUACAUCUAGAAAGUUCUUCACACCAAGAAACAUUAGAUCAUAUUCAGAAACAAACCAAAUUUGACAAAGUUGUUAUGGAGUUUUUGCAUGAAUGCAUGGUGAAUAAAUUUAAGAAAACAUCUAUUCGUAAACAACAGACAAAUAAUCAAACAGAGGUUGUCAAAAUAAUUGAAAAAGAUGUUAUGGAAGGUGUUACUGCAGAUGACCACAUGAUGAAAGUAGAGACUGUUCACUGCAGUGCUUGCAGUGUGUAUAUUCCUGCUUUACAUAGUUCAGUUCAGCAACACUUAAAAUCUCCUGAUCAUAUCAAAGGGAAACAGGCUUAUAAGGAACAAAUAAAAAGAGAGAGUGUCUUGACUGCCACAAGCAUUUUAAAUAAUCCAAUAGUGAAGGCACGCUACGAACGAUUUGUUAAGGGUGAAAAUCCUUUUGAAAUUCAAGAUCAUUCUCAGGAGCAGCAAAUAGAAGGAGAUGAAGAGGAUGAAGAAAAGAUUGAUGAACCCAUUGAAGAAGAGGAGGAUGAAGAGGAGGAAGAAGAAGCAGAAGAAGUGGGGGAAGCAGAGGAAGUGGAAGAAGUAGAGGAUGUGGGAGAAGUUGGAGGAAUAGAGGGAGAGGGGGAUGUAGAGGGAGGGGAGGAAAUAGGGCCAGUGGGGGAAGAUGGGGCAGUAGGGGAAGUAGAGGGAGCUGCAGAAGCAGAAGAAGUGGAGGAAGAGGCAAAGGAAGAACCUGUUGACUUCCCUGUUGAGCAACCUGAAGAAAAUUAAAUAUAAGGUAGUAGAUUUAAAAGAAGCUUUAAAUUUUUGUCCUAAUGUGGAAAAGGGUAAGAAUUUUAAUAGCUUAAAAUAUGAAUUAACAUACAUGUUGCAUGCAUUCCAACCCAUUAAAAUUUGUUUUAUAUAAUUUGUA